UUAACCGGCUCGUUCUUGACCGACACAUCACUAGCGUGGACCACAACACGCUCCUCAGCCUCUACCUCUCUCACCUCUCUACAAUACCUACCUAACAGUCAACUAUGUAGAUUUAUCUCCCGGGACAUUACUUAAACCUGUCAGAUGAAGCCUAGCCUAUGAUGUGAUGCAAGAAAGUAAGAGCGGAGCUGCCAACCUCACCGCUCCAUUACAUCCCGAAACCUGGUGGGAUCACUGAUGACCUUUGUUGCUGCCCUCACCGGCUCCUGUUUUCCUCCUGCUCUUCCUCCUUAUCCCUCUCCUCCCCUUUCUUAAACUCCCCUCCCCCCUCCUCCUCCUCCUCCGUGUCUCCCGGCCCCAGGCUUAUUACUCAAACCCACUGCAGGGAGCAACACAGUAGCUGGCAAAGGAUGAAGCGGGUCUGCCUGCCAACGCCAGACAGAGGAUAGAAGACACAAAGGGACCAGCGAAGGGGAGAGAGACAGAGAGAGACAGAGAGGACGACUAGUGGAGAGAGUUACAACGGAGCCGUGAGACAAGCACCAACAACAUUCAAGAUGCCACACCGAAGGAAAAACACAAGUUUCACUUGAGCGUCAUGAGCUAGCAAGGGGCCCCUAACAGAUCUAGAACUGUGGACUUCUUAACAAACUUCUGGCUCACACACACACAAAAGUUGUGGAGACACACUCUCCUGCUAUCUGGGGCUCCUUGUUAACACCUGAUAUGCCUAUGUAAGGAGCGAGAGCCAUGCCAGCCAAGGGGAAGUACCUGUUGAACGACCAGGAGCUGAAAAAUGAGGCACUAUACCGCAAAUUCUCUUGCAUCAGCCAAGAGAAGCCGCUGGUGCUCCUGCUGGGCCUCUCCAUGCUCUCCUGUGUAAUCCUCCUCAUCCUCUUCUUUGCCCUUCGACUGAGCGCAACGGAACACUGUGCCUUUGUGAGCGUGGUGAGCGGCAGCCUGUGUGUGUUUCUGGCUGUGUUUGUGCUGGUGUGUACGGAGAUACUCUCACAGCGAUGGAGGCGUCUGCUGGGCCUGAUCGUAUGGGCUACACACCUCACCAUGGGCUACACCUUCAUCUUCAGCGGCCCCAUCAUUCUGCCUUGGGACCAGGUGCCUUUCUUCCUCUUCAUCAUCUUCACCGUGUACACCAUGCUGCCAUUCCAGUUGUGGUACGCCGUGGUGCUGAGCGUCAUCUCCUCGCUGUCCCACAUCAUGGUCCUCACACUGCGCCUCACCAUUUACGAAAAUAAGCAAAGUUCUUACCUUGCACACCAGCUGCUGUCCAACGCGGUGGUGUUUCUGUGUGGCAGUGUGGUGGGAGCCUUCCAUAAGGUCCUGAUGGAGAAAACUCUGAGGCAGACCUUUCAAGACACCUUGAGGUGCCUGAGCAUGCGGAUGAAGCUGGAGAUAGAAAAAAGACAACAGGAGAACCUGCUGCAGUCUGUGCUGCCGGUCUACAUCUCCAUGAAGAUGAAGCUUGCUAUCAUGGAGCGCCUGCAAGACUGUAAAGACAAAGAAGAACAACAGCGACUGGUCAAAGAUAACAACUUCCACAGUCUUUAUGUCAAGAGGCACGAGAACGUCAGUAUUCUGUAUGCUGACAUCGUCGGCUUCACCCGACUGGCCAGUGACUGUUCUCCCAAAGAGCUUGUCAUUAUGCUCAAUGAAUUGUUUGGGAAAUUUGACCAAAUUGCCAAGGAAAACGAAUGCAUGAGAAUCAAGAUCCUCGGAGAUUGCUACUACUGUGUGUCAGGGCUGCCGGUCUCUCUGCCUAAACACGCCAAGAACUGCGUCAAAAUGGGCCUGGACAUGUGUGAAGCCAUCAAGCAGGUGCGGGAGGCCACAGGAGUGGAUAUCAACAUGAGAGUGGGCGUGCACUCGGGCAACGUGCUCUGCGGAGUCAUUGGCCUUCGCAAGUGGCAGUUUGACGUGUGGUCACAUGAUGUCACGCUGGCCAAUCACAUGGAGUCGGGAGGCCUUCCAGGACGUGUCCACAUCACAGAGGCGACUCUGAAGCACCUGAACAAGGCUUAUGAAGUGGAAGAUGGCGAUGGCCACCUCAGGGACCCCUACCUGAAAGAGCAACAAAGAACAGAGAACACCCGAACCUACCUGGUCAUUGAUCCACGGUCUAAGGACCCAUCAUUGAACAGCCGUAGUGCUAAACCUCGGGUGAAUGAUGGUCUGAAGAUGAGGGCGUCCGUGCGUAUGACCCGUUACCUGGAAUCUUGGGGGGCCGUCAAACCUUUCGCCCACCUUCAGAGCCGAGAGGGCUUCACCCCAGACGCUAUCGUCAACGGCAAGUCACGCUGCAAGGACAUCCCUCUGCGAUCAGCCCCCGGCUCCAAGAUCACUGAGAGCUUUGAUGAGUCUCUAGAAGAGCCGUUCACCUUGCCUACUCCUCCAUUCAGCAGCUAUAAGAACAAAUCCCAGAAGAGUAAGUUUGAUGAGGAGCUGCACAACGAGAUGACUACUACCAUAGAUGAGCUCAGCAGCAAGCAGUGGUCUAAAACUGAAGAGAGUGGCAGUUUAGUGCUGUGGUUUCCAAAGAAAGAUCUGGAAAAACAGUACCGAGCCCUGGACUUGCCCAUGUUCAAACACUAUGUCGGCUGUGCCACCUUCAUCUUCCUCUGCAUCUUUUCGGUUCAGAUGUUUGUCACAAAAGACCGACAGAUUUUGGGGAUGUCAUUCGGAGUUUUGGUCUGCUUGCUACUGCUGACCCUGGCCAUCUGUUUCGCAGGUCACUUCCAGCGCCUGUUUCCAGAGAAGCUGUCGAGGUGCCAGUGGUUGCCAGCUGUGUCGGAGGCGGUGGUAAAGCGGCCGUGUGUGCGCCUCCCUCUGGCCACCAUCACUACUACUGUCAUCAUUAUCUUGGCAGUGUUCAACCUGUGCUGCGUCAAGACAAGUCAGCUAGAAUGGUCCAUUGAUGACCGGUGUCACUCAAAUUAUUCCCUUGAGCCGGAAUUAGAGGAAAUGCUCUUCUACCUGCCUUACUCCGUGUACUGCUGUAUCCUGUCGCUCAUUGCAUGUGGAGUCUUCCUCCGGGUGAGCUUUGAGCUCAAAGUGCUCUUCCUCUCCCUGGCCUCAACAGCCUACUACAUCAUCAUCCUCAGCACCAAGAGGGAACUCUUUGUGGUCUACGGAAACCUCCUCUGCGCUCAGCAGCCCGACAGCUGCAACUGCACCAGAGAUGAUCACACCAUCCUGGGAUAUUUAGGGCUGGUGAAACACCCCCAGGUGAUGAGCUGCAUAUAUAUCACCCUCUUCCUCGUCACUAUGCUCAUCAUCUCACAACAGAAUGAGUCCUGCUUCCGCCAGGACUUCCUGCUAAAGUAUAAGAACCGCACAGAGCAGGACGAGAUCGAGACCCGGGAGAACCUGAACCGCUUGCUGCUGGAGAACGUGCUGCCGGCCCACGUGGCAGCGCUGUUUGUGGGGGAGAAUAAAAAGAAUGAGGACCUCUACUACAAGUCCUACGACUGCGUCUGUGUGAUGUUCGCCUCAGUGCCGGAUUUCAAAGAAUUUUACACUGAGUGUGACAUCAACAAGGAGGGCCUGGAAUGCCUGAGGCUCCUGAACGAGAUCAUCGCCGACUUUGACGAGCUGCUGUCCAAACCAAAGUUCAGCGGUGUGGAGAAGAUCAAGACAAUUGGCAGCACUUACAUGGCAGCUGCAGGGCUUAGUGGGACGCCUGGUCAGGAGAACAAUCAGGACAGAGAGAGGCAGCAGGCCCAGAUAGGGAUCAUGGUGGAGUUUGCCAUCGCUCUGAUUGGCAAGUUGGACGGCAUCAACAGACAUUCCUUCAAUAGCUUCAGGCUUCGUGUGGGCAUUAACCACGGCCCGGUGAUAGCCGGAGUGAUCGGGGCGAGGAAACCUCAGUACGACAUCUGGGGCAACACGGUGAACGUAGCCAGCAGGAUGGAGAGCACCGGCGAGCUGGGAAAGAUCCAGGUGACGGAGGAAACGUCCGGCGCGCUGCAUAAGCUGGGCUACUCAUGCGAGUGUCGAGGACUCAUCAACGUCAAGGGCAAAGGGGAGCUGAAAACCUUCUUUCUGUGCACCGACAUGAGCAAGCAGCAAGGUAUGGGGUUGAGCUGAGACCAGGCCGCCACAGCCAACAUAACUGGAGACAGACUCGCGCACACAAGCCAAGAGUUUAUAGACUCCACAAGUGUUGAGACAGACCUGACUUUGAUGCAGCUGUGAUGUUAAUGAAUGAAAAUACUGAGGCGUAUUAAGGACUUGGCUGCGUGGUGGAUGUGACUGAAUCAACACUUUCUACUCCGGACCUGUUGAACGGAUCAGGAUGAGGCAGUCAUAGUGGGGAGAUGGUCAGUACGUACAAUCACCAUCUUUUUCUACACACAUUUACGUCCAGUGAUCAGUCACUUUUGUACUCUUUUUGUCUUUUAACUUAGCUGUUGUUUGCGAUAGAAAGAAAUGUGUAUUGUACUAAUGCCAAAUACGGUUGUGUAAUUUUUUUUGAAGACCUCUCCGGUCCUUUAAAAACAAAACAAUGGAUUCUGUUUGGAUCAUAAUUUGAGACCCAUCUGGUUUUCCUGUUUUGAGACAGGAUAGACACGCUGCUCUGUUACUGUGUAAUGAGCAUGACAUAUGUGAGGCGGUUAAGCAGAGCCGUUUCAAUAACAGAAACCGGCUGCACAGAAGAUAAAGAAAACUCUUUUCUCGCUCCUUUCUUUAGGACAUAUUCACAUUAUGAAAAGUAGUACGUUUCACUCUCUGGCCAAGCUGCAAAUCCUAAAGUUACUGUAUCUUUAUGUGAAUAUCUUUUAGGUUCCAGAUGUGUAGUUUGGCCAGAGAAACAACUCUUUAAUUUUACAUAUAUGGCAAGAUAUUUGCUGCAUUUCAAGAGGAGAUACACAAAUCCAUGUGCUGUAUGUACCUCAUCUGUUAAAGUGUUUAUUCUGCUUGUCUGCAUAUAUGCUGCAAUGAGGGAAACCUGUGACGCCCUCCUUUGGUGUCCUGAGUCUGUGUGAUCUAACAACCUGCCUGCUGUGAACGUUUUUUCUGACUCCAGCUCAGAUGAACUGAUCGCUCCGUGUGUCUCUGAAAACUUGAUUCGUCGUGUGGCCUUAUCUUUUGAGACCAUCAUCUUGUCUGUAAUCGUGGUUACAUAAUAAUAAUAAUAAUAAUAAUGUAUUGGCCUUUAUGUGAACAAAUGUGACAUUUUGUACAGUUACAGAAUGUAUUAAAUGUUUUCCUAAGUCUGCAGUUUGUCAUAAACAUAUUUCAAAAGAA